AACUUUAAAUAUUGAGUAAUUCUUAGUGCACUUAUAUCUAUACUUAUAUGAAUAUGUCUUAAUUUGUUGACACGUAAUAACCAUUUUCUAAAAUAUACGCACUUUGUUAUGAUAAUAUUCUGCCUAAUUAAAUAAGAAAUGUCACGGAAAUUAAUGCUAAUAUUUCGUUAGUUUGCAAAACUUGCGUUUGUUUUUAAUUGAUAAAACCUGUGUAUACGUCACAUCUGUAUCCAUAGAGACGAAAACAGUUAUUACGAGUGCUUGUCACGGCAGAAGAAAGUUACCCGAAUACCACAGUCUUAUAAGAACUCUAUUUGUGUUUCGAAUAUUUUAAAAGUGACAACAAAUUUUUUUAUCUUGUUAUUUGAUCGACCUAUAGUAAAUUUAUUAUAUUACACGCCAAAGUAUGUCCAUGAAUUACACAUGUAAUCAAUUCGACAAAGCGUAUCAACCGACGAGAUUGGGAAAUUGGGAAGUUCCGAAAUGGCAUCUCAAUCGUCCGAAGGGUCGUUCAACCGUUACGAAAGUCAUUGCUAACGACAGGGGACAUUUGCUUCCCGGGGUGCAAAAAACCGAUCAGAAGCACUGGGCCGGACUCUACUUGGGCACGUAUCAGUUGCCGAAACGCAUCUCGAAAGAAAUCGCUACAGAACUGUCCGGUCCGAAGUGUCAGACGUGGAUGAAACGCUCAUAUCACCACCCGUUCAUCGACCGUAGCCAACGAAACAAGACCGAGAAAGGCGAGAACAAUAAUAAACUGGAACUAAUUAAUGCAAAUAAAGAACAACGACAACAACCUAUAGCCAACGAAGAAGCCGACAGGGAUUCGAUUAAGUCCGUCAAGUCUGCGGUAUCAGACAUGCCGGCGCCAAACGUUUCCAGGAUCGAGACGGUCAGGAAUUGCGCAUCGGCGGACGGCCGCGGACCUUUGAACUCCACUGCAGACGACGACGACUGCGACAGCGGUAGCGCUCAUAGGACAAGACAACGCGGAGCAGUCGACGGCGGCGGCGCGAAAACACCGUCCAGCCCCGCGCUGAGCCGCAUAAGCGCAAGCUGUGGCCAACUGCAGGUCGCGGGCGCGGAAGACGACGACGGCGCGCGGCCGCAGGUGGCCAGUAACGAGCUACCGACGGGACGCCGGUACGGGGACGCACAGAGACACCACGGUCUGCCGGACGCCAUCGAGGACGCUGUGUACCGGUCGCUGCAGACGAAGCGGCAUAAACACCCGGGACUGGGACUGAACGGCUGCUGGCCCAAGUGUUCAGCGGUGGCCUACAAGUCGUUCAACGACCCAGGCCCGACGCAGUGCAGCAAGCUCCGGGUGUACAGGCCGAAGACGUCGUCGUCGUCGCCGCCUCCGUCGUCAGCAGACGACGGUAACGGUGAGAAAAAAGACCCAGCCCGGAGGCGUAACAAAAAUCCGUCACGACCCAAAACGUGCGGACCCGUUAUGACGGCUCAACAAUUAACCGACAUCAAGCUGGCUCUGUGCUGGGACCUGGAUGCGCCGUUCGACCGGAACCGGCCACCAAGGCCGCCCGACGAGCCAGCUGUGUUCCACAAGGUUCGGCAGCAACUGCAAACCCAACAGCAAAUGCAGCAGCCGUGCGCUGGGGGCCCUGCGGUGAUCAAACCACAAAACUCGUCAGCCGUCAUGGGCUUUGUGCGAACGGCCGGAAACUGUAACGUUGACGGUGACGGUGACAGCGAAUUGGUGCCGGAAGCCCGACGAACUCAGACCCGCGAGUGUCUGAUGAAAAAUCGCAAUCUGUCGGCCGUCAUGGAACUGAUACCGAACAAAGAACGUGAGGACGGUCGUAGACUCACAGCAGGAGCGACGACGACGGCGGACGGCGUUGUCACCGCAGCCGCUGACCGAACUGCUCUCUCGAACAAAUCGUCAUCGUCGUCGUCCGCAUGUCGUGGCAAAAACGGUUCGGACGUCAACGGCCGGAACGACGACGCCUGCAAAUCAGAAGAACACGACCACGUCCACGACCACGACUACGCCGAUCACAAUGACGACGAUAACGACCAACACCACAAGUCAAACAAGCCUGGUGGGGUGCAGUGUUCCACCGACGGUUCGCCAUCCGACCGGCGCUGUCAUAGGCCGACACAACACUGCAACAGCUCCUCCGCGGAAAAGGAACCGAAACCCAAGCGGCACGGCCGACACUCCUACCGGCCUUGUCUGGCUUGCGACGACCCGAACGUGGCCGCGGCCUCCAACUUCAAGAGGGAAGACGAGUGCGAGCACUACAAGAUGGCGUUCAAGGCGGGCGUGCCAGUCAGUACACCGGUCAGGCUGCGGACGGCCGCGGCCGGAAAACCGGCCAAGCACCUCAAAGUGCCCAAACCGAAGACUACCAACUCGGACAAGAAGAAGUACGUUAUCGGCACGCUGCUGCCGCCGUUCUCCAUGUGGCCCGGCACCACGGCCCGCGAUUACCCCGAACACUGGAGGCUGACGUCCGUGUACAGGCAAGCGUUCAAGCCGCUUGAGCUGCGCAAACAGCCUCUGCUCCAGACCAUUUAUCUGUGAAGACGGCGACGGCAGGGCGGUGAAUGACGGUGAUCGUUGUGGAUGGGGGAUGAGGGACAGUAAGUAUAUAUCUAAAUAAUGUAAGCAGUAAGACUCUUAUAGGUGGAAAUGGGGGGGGGGGCUUGAGGGACCUUAGUGCCCCUUAAAUAAAUUAAUUUGAGACCAAAGUACCCUCAAAAAUAAAACAAAUAAUACCUAUUUUACACGAAGUCUAGAUUUAAAUUUACAUUAGGUUAUUAUUUUAGAUUCCGAGUGAAGGGAGUUUUCUAUUGGUUUAACAAUGAUAUUCAUUAUUUAUUUAUUCUUUAUUUUUCUGUGUAGGUAAACGUUUUUGGGUGAAUAUCUUUUUUGGGGCCAAAAAAUGCCUACCUCUCUUUAGAUCGAGAAAAUUUCCUCAUAGAUUCGUACUUAAGAUAGGUAAUUUAUCAAAAAUUGGGAAAAAUCAUCAAAAAUUUGAUUUUUUUAUUUAUUGAUUGAUUUAUUUAGAACUGUUAUCUUAGAUAAUUAAGCUCUACUGUUAAAAUUUGACUAAAAUCGGUAAAUUUCUCCAAUCAUGAAAUUUAUUUUGAAUAUUUAUUCGUAAUUCUAAAAAUAAUAGUUUAGAGACUAUUAAAAUGUUAAGUAAAAUACUAUAACGGUAAGAUAGACGGGCCGGGCUUAAGGCAUGGUAUAAACUGCUUAACCCGUACCCCCCCCCCCCCUCCGCCCUCUCAAUAUUUACAGGAUCUCCGCCUAUACUUACUGAGUAAGUAUAUCUAAUACAUAAAUAUAAUAUAUAAAAGUGAUUGUGCGUUUGUAAGUCAUAAUAAUCAGAUCAUUGUCUUUGUCUAUAGUAAAAUAUUUGUAUCUUUUUUUGAUAAUUUUGUUUUUAACAAUGUACAAGUUUUUAGUAAUACGGUUUGGAGUUGGCCCCUAGCCUCCCCCACUUGGACGUGUCCUUGACCUAUACUGUAUACUUAAUACUUAGACGUUAUAGAGAUAACAAUUGUUCAGAGGUGCAUACGAACUUCCAAAAUUCCUAGCCACGAAACAGUUUUAUUUCUUCCUGAAAAAUUGGGAAUACUGCAGAGAUUCAACACGAUGGUUAUUAGUAUAAGUUCCGGAACAUUUGAAAUGUACUCGUAUACCUACGUAUUUCCUCUGCCCAUUCGGCUUUCUACAAAUAUUUAGUACCUACCUAUAUACGUAUACAAUUAGAUUGAAUUAAUUUGCUGCCAUCAAUCAGAAUUUGUUUGAUAAUUUCGAUUCGCUUGUAAAUCGAUCUAUCGUGCCGAGAGAGUAGUAAAACGGAUUUUAUUAGCCCCCUCCCUCUUCCACGUAGUAAUUAUUUUUUUGGCUUUUACAAACAUUUGCUUUCACAUACUUUUUAGUAUACGCAAUCGGUGUGAAUUUGUUUGUCCUCGCUCAGGAUUUAUGUGAUAUCUGGGGUUUGCCAAAAUAUCGUUUUUCCUUGUUUGGGGUUGGAGAAACGCAUUUCCUCAGUCCCUCACAUCGUAAAUGACAGACUUUUUGUGAAUAUUUUAAUGCGUCUAAAUAUUUGCUUAUACAUGUAUGGACACCUUUUGUCUGCUGCUACGCCCAUGUUACUGUAUCACUGAUGACUGAAAUUUAUUACUAUAAUAGAAUUACUGUAAUAGAAUAAUAAAUAUUUUUAUGAAUAUAUUUCAACCAUGGCUAUAAAAUACAAAAAUUUCAUUUUUACGUUAUGGUAUUUUUAAAUGAUAACAAUAUAAAAUGUAUGUUACAGAUUCAUACGCAUAAAAUGCCUUAAACCCAACAACAGUGAAGUUUCACUUACCACACCCGUACUCAUGACACACACACACGUCAUAUUAUAUUGUUUUAAUUUGAGAGACGAAAAAACGACAAAAAAAUAUAAACACUUCUGCUCAGACAAACGUAAUAUACAGCAUAAAACAUUUAACAUACAACCUGUAUAAUAUAAGCAAUACACCUAAUAGGUAGGUCAAAGGGCUGCCAACAAACCAAUUCCCAACAAACGCAUAGGUACCUAUGCUUACUUUUUUCAAGGGAUUUUACAUGAUAUUCAAAACAUCUAUUACCUACCCAAGUAAGCAUUAAGCAAGUACAAUUUUUAUCCGUGAUCCACUAAUAAAACUAUAAAUAUUAGUAUUUUACCCAUCUCUACGAUAAAUUACCAUUAUGGGUAAUACUACUCUGCAACUUGUAAGUAAAAGUCAAAUACAUUUUUAUCGUUUUACGAAUUCCGUGCGGUUAAAAUUAAAGUGGAAAAAUAUUCUCAAAAAUCAUUAACGGUCGCCAUAACAGCGGUGGAUAAAUACCUCCAACGAUCAUUAAAACCUGUAUGGCUGACGUAGGCUUUUAACGUAGUACGUACUAUGUAUUAUUAAGUCAAUGCGAAGACGAUAAUAAGCCUCUUAUGCCCCCACUAUAACUAUUCCGCAAAAAAUCCUUAACAUGCCUAUAUAAGGACGUAGGUAGGUAACAGGGGUGCACAGUGAUAAAAGAGUCGCAAGCUUCACAGUAUAAUGAAAAAUAUGUAAGAGCCAAGAGCAGGAAAAACUAUAACAAUAUAUAUAUAAUAUAUAAUUAUGACAAUAUUGUAGGUAUACAUGGUACCUAUAUACAAUAUUCAUGUCAAUAACAAUAAACAAUUAUAUUUUAUGUAUAUUUUGCACAAUUCUUAAGACUGCAUUAUUUCAUAUCAAAAUAUAUGCUAUACUUACAUAACAAUAA